UUUACAUAAUUUUGUAAAACUUCGUCGGCAUUCGAACAUAUUUGCCAUAAAUUAAGAAUAAUCAAUUGUAAAAAAUCUUCAAAACAUGUCGACCAUAAAGUACAUCGGUCGCACAACCGAUUUUAAAGGUAAAACCCUGUGGGAAAUCGUAGGCAAUCUGAAAAAUUUCGGUGUUGGUCGAGUGGUCGUCCGGAACAUGUUCGAGCGCUACCCAGAACCCAGCUACAUGAAAAUCGUUAAAGUCGAAACCCUACCGAAUGAGGAAACACGUAAGGUCAAAGUAACGGUGGAGAAAACAUUCCGCGGCCAAACGUACCCCAAAUUGGUUGAAAUCAACAGCGUUUCCUACAAGGCCGACUAUCGGUUGCUUCACAAGCACGAGGAGGCAUCCUACUGCAGGGCGGUGCAGCGGGCGGAGAAAAUUAUUCCGCGGGAAAUCGAUAUGCCUCCACUAUUGAAGGAAUUUGUUCAAAGAGAAACGGGAAAAAGCGACCCGAAGAUUGCGAUCAAACUGAAACCGGGUCAUAACAAUGUCUACCGAUUGGCGAAGGAGGGCGAGAAACCCACCAUUGAAGUUGGUAUGGGCAUCGGAAAGCCAGCUAGUCCUAAGCUGUAUGCGAAUUGCGAAAUGUAAUUGUUUGGAUGAAUUAAUAUAGAUUAUUAACUAGAAAGAAA